AUGGAUCUUGACUGCAAAAAAUUUAGAGGAGGACCAAGAGAACUAACAGGUGCUAUGGAUCUAUUAAAUCACUUCAAAUUACUCCCACAUUUUGAGUUUUUCUGCAAGAGGCAACUUCCUGUUUCAAUUUCAGAUGCACACUAUUUACACAAUAUAGUAGGCGACAGAGAAAUCAGAAAAGAGGACGGGAUGCAGUUGGAUCAACUUCUGCAAAAUACAUCUUUGCCCAGUGAUACCAAUUAUUGUAUACAGCCUUUGGACCUUGAUAUCCUAAAAGAAGCUUUUCAACUCAAGCAAACUGUUCCCGUUGAUUUGCCUGCUGCAGAGAAGGGGAUUCUGACUGUAGCAGGAAAAUCAAAAGGUGAAACUAAAGAUGAGGAAAAGAAGCAUAGAAAGCACAAAGAUAAGGACAAGGGGCAUAGGAAGCACAAACUUCGUCAAAAAGAUCAAAGCAAAGACAAAGAAAAGGAUAAAAAGAAAGAUAAAAGCAGGCACCAUGAUUUUAGUGCUUUUGGUGCUGAUCCUUCGAAGAAACACCAUGACAAGCAUAAGAGCACAAAAUUUGAUGAAUUGGGGGCAGUAAAAGUUGCAGGCUAA